AUGAAUGUUGAGACGCUUAAAUAUUGCACAAUGAGGCGAGUGGCCAUGCUAUUGGUUGAGAAACAACUCCGAUGGAGACGGUUGACUGAAGUCGCGUUAACAUUGAAAGAUAUCAUUCGAGCUUUGAAAUUACCGCUUAAAAUCCGAAAAGUUCUGCAAGAAGCUGUUUCGAUGCUGUUGAGAGAGGUGCAAAGAUGGGCUGACAAACACGUGGAAAUGUUCCCGUUUCAAGCGGUGAAAAAGGGAAGAACGCCUAGAUCUGAGCACGUGCGAACAUUCCAACCGUGGAUUGUUUGGAAACAAAAUCGAUUAGAAAUUGAUGAUCUUCAGACAGCAAAGAGUAUUAUGGAGAACGAGUGCAAGAGUUGGGCGCAAAUGCGGUGGCAAUUUGCGUGCUGUUACGCGAUGGAAGAUGAGAUUCUUGAUGAUUGGAAAUACGAUCGACACCGGAGAACGACCUUCAAAAAAACUCUCUCCAAUCAUCCAGUUUACGAUUUUUGGUCAACUCUUUAUGAAACUCGAUGGGAAGCAAUGUUUGAAACAGAAAGACGAUUGCCUAAUCAAAUUAUGACUCAAUGCUUUAUUUUUGCGUUAACAAAUGGUUAUUUUGAGCUCGUGAAAUUUUUGUGGAACAAGAUUGGCCCAGGACAUCGAGAAUAUGUUGGACUCCUUCAAUGGAAAGCUUUCUGUUUUCGGUGCCGCGAUCGGGACACAAUGAGAUUCGUAUGUGGAAAAUUAUGCGAGGUGAAUGCCCGUUCGAUUGCCCGAAUCACUUGGUGUACUUUCUUCGAUGCUUUCUAUAAAGCUGUUAAUAAUGAAGAAACAGAUAAAGUGAUUGAGCAGAAAAAUCGAUGUAAAGUCGAGUUUCUUUUGGCGAAUUGCUGUGAUGUGUUGAGGAGGAGAUUGCUGGGAAUGGAGAACUUCAGAGUGAUCAGUGAUGCUUUUCGAUACAAUUUGGAAGAUUUAUUCACGUUAUUUUUGGAGCAUUUAGACAAGGAGGAUUUGCGAGCGGCGAGAGAGGUAGUUGAUCGAAUCCAAGAUCGAACAAAGAGCUGUCAUGGUGGCGGAAUGCAGCGAAUGAUUCUGCGAAAGCAAAUGACUUUCAGU